CAUUAGAGAGAGAGGAUACUUCCUUUCAUAGAGGACACUUGUCUUUUCAGAAGACUGACACUUACUGAGAGCAAAGAGUUUUAUCAGAGAACUGUGCUGUCAUUCUGAACUCUACAAAACUUCCCUUUCUCUGCUGGAACUUUUAGUCUACACUUGGAGUGGUCCAAACCCUAGGAUGUCCUCCUAUAAAUGUCAAGAGAAAGGCACACUCAAAAGUCACGACUGCAUCUUGAUUUACAAAUCCGAGGCAGAGGAGGAUUAAAAACACACUCCAGACCGUGACUUAUUCAUACUCACCACCAAGAUGCUAAAAGUGAAGAGGCUGGAAGAAAUCAGCACUUGUUACAAUAGUAACCGGCUGGAGAAAAUGGCCUUUUUACAGUGCAUGGAAAAGGUUGAGAAAGUGAAAUGUUUCCUGGAAGAAAGUUCUAGUGAACAGGAUUCAAGAUCUGGAGAGAAUGAGGCUAAGGAGCACGUGUGGUCAUGUCCUCCCCUGAAGGAAACAGCACCUGUCAAAGGCAAAAGGACAUUGGCUGUCACAGGUGAUAUCCUGGCUCCUCCUGCUCCAUUUAAUCACCGUAUUGUGAUGGCCAAACAAGCAGCGGUCAACAGCUUUUAUACUGUGAACAGAACAGGAAUUUUAGGAGGGGGGCGCUUUGGCCAGGUUCACAAGUGUGAAGAGAAGGCAACAGGUCUGAAGCUGGCAGCCAAGAUCAUCAAGACCAGAAGCAAGAAGGAUAAGGAUGAAGUGAAGAACGAGAUUAACAUCAUGAACCAGCUGGAUCACGUGAACCUCAUUCAGCUCUAUGACGCCUUCGAGUCUAAGAAUGACGUGGUCCUGGUCAUGGAAUAUGUGGAUGGAGGCGAGCUAUUCGACCGCAUCAUUGACGACAACUACAACUUGACUGAGUUUGAUACCAUCCUGUUCAUCAGGCAGAUAUGUGAGGGCAUAAGGCACAUGCAUCAGAUGUACAUUCUCCAUCUGGACCUGAAGCCUGAGAAUAUCCUGUGUGUGAAUCGGGAUGCUAAGCAAAUAAAAAUUAUUGACUUUGGACUGGCCAGAAGAUACAAACCCAGAGAGAAACUGAAGGUGAACUUUGGAACCCCAGAAUUUCUUGCCCCUGAAGUUGUGAACUAUGAUUUUGUCUCCUUCUCCACCGACAUGUGGAGUGUGGGGGUCAUUGCCUACAUGCUACUUAGUGGUUUGUCCCCCUUCCUGGGUGAUAAUGAUGCUGAGACCCUCAACAACAUCCUGGCCUGCAGGUGGGACUUAGAAGACGAAGAAUUUCAGGACAUCUCAGAAGAGGCCAGGGAGUUCAUCUCCAAGCUUCUGAUUAAGGAGAAGAGUUGGAGAAUAAGUGCAAGUGAAGCUCUCAAACACCCUUGGUUAUUAGACCAUAAGCUCCACUCCAGGCUCAAAACACAGGAAAACUGCUGUGGUUGCUGCUGCUUGGGGAAGAUUUUUGGAAAAAUCAGCAGUUCUGAUGCCUUGACCCCUGUGAUUACUGAUGACCAUGCAGUGGGGGAGUGGGGGACUGCUGCACUUGAGCUCAGAGCACCAAGUCCCUGGGGCUGCCGGGUGCUGCCGUCCCAGGGGUGCAGGCGAGCCAUCUUGAGGUUUUUGGAUUUUGGUGUUUAUAUUUUGAUUUUACCCACCAGGGCAAAGGGGUGUAUUGCUUCUGCUAUUGCUCUGAAUACUAGAGAAAUUGUAUUGGAUAUUUAUUUCAGAUUUUUAAACCUGGAGGGUGCAUUUAGACAGAGAAAAUUGCUUUGAGUCAUUAAACUUUGCCUUUAAUGGGAUAAUCAAAGGGUGAUUCUAUUGCCAGAAGAAGUUCUAAGUCUGGUGCACCCUUGAAAACUUAGUUUCUCAGACUUUAUUAGUGUGAAUUGCUCUGAACUCAGGUGAAUCCAACUGACGACUAAUUUACUUUCUGGAACAUAAGCUUUCUUUGAAUUCUGAGGCAAGAGGCAUCAGACACUGUCUUCCAUUUAUUUGGACCUUUCCUCCACACACAUCAGUUUCUUCCAGGUUGCUGAAGCUACUUUCAAAUGUGCAUUUUCACAACGUACUCCGAGCUCUCCUCUGAUUGAACAUUCAUCUGCAUAAAACGCUGGUUUUGAGAGGUGGGGUAAGAGGUAUCUGCUUGUGAUUGGUCUUUAUAAUCACACCGUUUGAAUACUGUUAACAGUUAGGAGAGCUUUCCUCACACUACAGCUGUCAAUGAGAAGCGAUGGGUCUUGUGUGGCCUGGGGCAGGGUGGUGACUGGGAAUAGCACUCGAGUUCCUGGGUAAACUCAAACCCUGAUGAAGACAAUGACCUCAGCUGCACUCCGACCCCCGUGGUUCAACUGUGAGGACAGAGCAUUCAGAAACCAAAGGUGAUGGGAACACCCCACCUCACUUUUUGGACAUGAGAAUGAUUUCCAGUUACAAGCUUCUCCUGGCUCUGAGCUCAUGUGUUUCAUCACAGGCAUUUAAUAAGGGACAUGAGCCCUGCACAGAAAGGCCCAGGGCCUCAGAGGGGUGAGCCCUGUGUAUCAUUUCUUUACCAAGAAAAGACCGGGCAAGGCCACACCUAGUACUUCAUUCCCACCGGGCACCAAGCUCACCCUUCAGCUUCUCAAGCUCCCUCACCUUUUCCACUUCCAAGGAAGUCUUGUGUUGAGAUCAACUAUGAUAAUGUCUUUGGUUUUAGAUGUAAAUUGUUCUAAGCUCCAGUUGUCACAACACUGAUGAAAUGGAAUAAGAAUAAUGGGUGGCUGGGUUUUCUACGUUAUUUCUCCUGUUCACCUAGUGACUCCUUAGAACAUGCCCAGGAAUAAGUAUAUGUGCAAUAUCCUUAUUCUCAUGUGAAAGGUAAAGAAGACAGAAGAAAAUGGGUAUUUAGGUAAGGCCACAUGCCAGUGUAGUGGUCCUGCGAGCUGUAAAACCAAGUCUGUCAGCCUUUGCUCUUACAUUAGGAUGUAUUUCUUUUUUCCUUUGGCCCAUGCCUUUACCCAAGGUUGGUUUCUCCUGUUCCUGUUAUGUGACUGUGCUUAAAAUGUUUAAUUUAUUUUCCUUAAAAAAAAAAACCAACAACAAAGCUCUGUGACUGAAGUGUUGUAUUACUGUGCUAUCUUUAGCUGAUGGUAUCCAUUGAGUUUGGAAAAAUAGAAGCAUUAAUACUCAGUCCUCAGAGAGCUGGCAUUCACUCAGAUGUUAACUAAGACACAAGGGUCUGAUUUGAAAUCCGUCAUGGAAGGGCAUCUUCUGUCCUGUGGUGUGCAUGCCCUACCAGAUCGAGCAGGAGGGCCUCGGCAUGCAGCAUGCAUCCAGCUCCCAUUCUGACUCGCGCUGGCUGGUAAACUUUCCCCAGACCCUACCACACAUGGAAGAGACAGGUUAGGUCAAAUGAAGGAAUAAUUUCUUUGUCAAAUUAAUCCACCAAUGACCCCACAGUAAGUGGGUGUGAUUUUUUUAAAAGAUGCUAGAAAGGAGAUGACUUUGCAAAUGGAUCUUCCUUGAAUUUGUAGUUAAAUUUCUGCAUUUGGAUGGGGAGGCAUCCCCAUGCCAGUGGGGUGUGUUUUAGUUGAGAGCCGAGGAUAGUUUGCAUUGCAGAGUUGAUUGUUAUGGUUUAGAAUUACAGCAGAGUAGGAGGACUUCAGUCUUCUGCUUAUCCUCUCCCCUCCCUCCACCCCCUUGUGGCUACUCCAGCAAGAGCUGUAACUUGGUAGAUUGCCUCUCGGAUGGGAAAAGGCUUUGCACAGCAGUCAUCAAACCAGAUGUGAGCAUGAACCAGGGAAGCUGAGUCUGGCUAGAUUGAGGCUAUUGCGAUCAGUUUUUCCAAAAAGUGAUUAGAGUUUGAGAGCCUGUAUUUCUCCUCCACCCUCUUAAUGGAUGCUAUGGCUUCACUCUCUUUGCAUUAGGUAGUUGCUGUUUCUUUUGUAAAUGUAGGGAUUUGAUGUGAGGAAACUGAGGGUCUUAUUCUUAAUUGCAUUCCUUUUUUGUCCCUUCUGCUCCCACUAUCCCUACCCCAGCCAUUAGGUAAGGGGUGCCAGGCUGCAUACACAUGCUCGUUUCGUUUGGUUUGGAAGGUAGGCCAGCUGAGGGAGCCUCAUUGGAAAACUCAUUUGUGCAAGAGCGGUGAGAGGGAGAGGCAGGCACCCUGCAGUGUGCUUAGCAGCCCCAGCUCAGCUCUCUGCUCCCUGGGAGGCGGGUCCCUGUGGAUGCGGGCUGCACCGCACUGAGGCUCACUUCUCCAUAGCCACCAUGUUACUGACUUUGCUUUUGCUCUAUCUUUAAUUUUUUUUUUUUACUUCUUUCUCUUUUUCUUCAGAUAGAAUCAAAGUCCAUCUUCUCAUCCAUCAUGAUGCUCCCCUAAAGCCUUUUUGGGAUGAAAUUUAUAUUUCCAAAAGGCAAAUUGUUUUCUGUCCUAAGGGAAACUGUGCUAGACUUCCCAGGAGCUCAAUUUGUGAAUUAAGAUGACUUCCUUGUAGAGCAUGAAGUCCCCAGCUUCUCAGACUAGAAGUUCUAUGCAUUUGUCCUCUUGCCUUUUUAGUCAAGUGCGUUUUCUAGAGGGGAUUUUUAUAUGGUCAGUUUCACCUUCUGUGAAGGUUUAUAACUCAACUACUAUUUACUCAGAAGAGCAGAAAACAUCAACACCUAAGUGUCCAUAUGUUGACUGAUAGGUAUUUUGUAGUUGUGCCAGCUGAUAACAGUGAGUUUUAUCAGUGUAGUUAAGAAAUAAAAAUGGAUUCAUGAUGUGGUGAUUGCAUAUAUCAUGUAUAUUUUUUAUUUCUGAACAUAGUUUCAUUUGGCUAUAUUUCUUUGCUUUCUAAAAAUGUAUAACAGUCAUAUAUAUGUAUUAUAUUGAAAAAUAAACAUAGACCUUAUUUACCUUU